UUUGGAGAAUCCCAACACGCAUAACCUUCUCCCGUGCCGGCAUCAUGACCUUGUCCGAAAUGUGCGAGUUAGCCCGCCUCUGACUAAUGAAUGCGGAUCAGCUUUUCAAGUUAGUCAAUAGUGUCUUUUCUGCAGUGAUUCGCCUUUGCGAAGUACGUGUUAGUUCAUUUAUAAUUCUUGAAAACGGAGAAUAUCGUGUAAUUUUCGAUGGAGUCUUUAAAUAUACAGCAUCUGCGCCGCACGCUCGCUACAGUCGAAGUGACGAACUUCGCGAAUGCCACCUAGAGCUGCCAGUAUUUAUUUCAGCUGAUUAUCCUACGGGGCUUGGAAUAUUAAUAUUACUCGAUAUCCCUUUUCUUCAUCAUAAUCAAUAGACACUAUUCUUAAAAUCAACGUUACCACUACUAUUGAAAAAUCCAUCGGUAUACCAUUAACAUAUUCUAUAUCCAUAUUAAACUACGCCGGAGUCAGCAAUUCUACUUCAGUCAAUUACCUGAUACUUAUCUCAUUUCGUCACCAUGGUUACCCAGAGCGUCAAUGUAAACCCGAACAUAACCAUCUUCCGUGGAUUUAGAGACACCAGAAAUCAUGUAUGGUCCCCGUACGUAAACAAAUUAGAAGCGCGAUUGCGCUUUGCGAGCGUGCGGUAUGAGAUAGGAGUAGGUUCACUUAAAACGGCGCCUAGGGGCAAGGUACCAUACAUAGAAUGCCGCGAUCUAUCUACUACCUCUUCGUCCGGAAAGGGGGAAGGCUCCCAGCCAAAAGUACAACUGGGCGACUCUACCCUUAUCAUCAAGACCCUGACUGAGUGGGGUGUCCUUCCAGAUCUAGACAGAGCGCUGGAUCCGUCGAAGAGGUUACAAGACAUGGCGCUGGUAGCUCUACUGGAGAAUAAGUUAUCCUUCUACCAAACUUGGGAGCGUUGGAUCCAGAAUUACUACACCAUGAGAGACCAUGUUCUAUGGCCGAUCCCAUACCCGAUCCGCAUCGUCGUGGGUUUAUUAGCUUACCGCGCCAACGCCACGAUGUUGAAUGGUCAAGGUACUGGUCGGUUUACCAAGGAGGAAAUCGAGCAGUCCAUGUAUGAGAUCUGGGAAGCAAUUAGUGCGCAACUUGUGACGUCGCGAUCCAGUAGUAAAGGCGGCAACGAAGAGCCGUUUUGGGUACUGGGCGGAGAAGAACCGACAGAGGCGGAUGCGUGUCUGUUUGGCUUUAUUGUAUCUGCUUGGAUAUGUACUGCCGGACCCAAAUCUCAUGACACGAUCAAAAGCUUCCCCGUCCUCCUUGACUACGCGGGACGCAUUCACGACCGGUAUUUCCCAGAUUAUGAGAAAUGGACUGUAUAAUGAAGCUAGGUGUGUAGAUUGGUAUGAUGCAAGGUUCAAACAUAGGAGGUAGUGACGGGAGGAAGCUGUUCAAAGAUAAAAUUGAAAUGUCAUAGAAUUUAUUUUAUUGCAAUAAACUUGGAAACUCAAAAGA